AUGGUAAGAGCGAACAACAACAACAACAACAACAAGAACAACGACAACAACGACAAUGGUCCAAAGAUAUAUACCCUUAAUAUCUCGGCGAUGGUAAGAGCGAACAACAACAACAACAACAACAACGACAACAACGAAGACAACGACGAAGACAACGAAAACAGCAACAACGACGACAACAACGGCAACAACGACAAUGGUCUAAAGAUAUAUACCCUUAAUAUAUCGGCGAUGAACAAUCACACAGACAUUAAACUACAAAGCUUUGGUCUUGUCACCAUCAAUGUGCUGGAUUUAGAUGACCUUCCGGCGAACUUUUCACGGAGGCUAUACGAGGCGUAUCUCGGCACCAGUCCACCACCGGGGUCUCUUGUCAUUCAAGUUCAAGCAGAAGACAUGGACUCAUUUAAAGCUCCUAUAGAGUACAGCAUAUAUCCAGAAAGUGACCCAGAUCAGUUGUACGCCAUAAACCCCACUACAGGCAUCAUCACGGUGAAUGGUAACUUGAACAAAGGUGUCUACAGCAUUAUAGUGAAUGCCUUUAGCACCAAACAGCCUCCCGCGUUCACAUUAGUAAAAGUAGUUGUUGGCCCAGAUCCAGCAACAGCAACUACAACGGAAACCUCCACGACGAUGACGAUAUUCAAGGAUGCCAGUGGUGAAGGGCGUGGCACGAUGAUCGCCGUAUUCGCCCCCAUCAUUAUACUUCUAGUACUGAUCCUCGUCGCGCUUGUCAUCUACAUUUGGAGACAAGGUGUCAAAGCUGCCAAAACAAAAACGACUACUACAAGUUCCUCCACAAAGAGUGCCAUAUAUGCUAAUCAAGUGGCACCGAGUGGCAAUCACGACCGCGAUCACGAUCACGAACACGUUCACGACCACGAUCACGAACAAUCCUUGUCUCAUGACCACAUACCAUUGAAUAUCAUGACAACGGUAGGAAAUAAGCAAAAUGCUCUUUCAAGUCCAGACUUGUCUCCCCUUGCUGUAGCUAGUCAGCCCUCGUCUCCCGACUACGAAGACAUGGAUGACGCACCGGGAAACUUUCAAGAGAGUAAUACUCUGGAAAUGGGAGAGGCGGAUUACGCUGAAUUAUCUCCAAGAAUACGUCCAGACUUCCAGCCAAGAGUGCCAUCUGAGCCAAAGGGGAAUGGGCGUUUCGAGCGGGGAGGGGUCCAAGAAACCACCGGUCAGGGGACCGGACAAUCGGACUACACAGAACUGAGAAACAUGUAUCCAGAGUACCAGUCUCUUUAUCCGAAGAGCAGGAGAGAGUACUUAAUGUAAGCGGAGGGUCGAAAAGCGCUGUCUUUUUUCUACUUUGUUAUUGGUCCUAUGACUGCCAUUUGAUAUUUGUUGUUUGCGCUGACAACUUUUGUUGAAAGAAGUGUUAAAUGAAAACUACAUUACAUUGUUUGGCCUAUCUGAAUGCUGUGCUAUUCGUACACAGUGUUGGAUAGAUGUUGCAUGGUCAAGUAAUUUCUUUUAAAAAUGUGUGUUAUUGCCAACCAGUUUUUAUUUAGAAUUAAAUUAUCUUAUCAUUUUUUUUAAAUGAUUAUUAUUAUUUCAAUAUAGAUUAUUUGAUUUCCGGUAUUAAAUGUCAAAUAUGUGGUUAAA